GUGAAGGUGGCUUAUUUUUUGUAUAUGGCAGUGGUGGCUGUGGGAAAACGUACAUGUGGAGAACUCUAAUAGCCAAAUUAAGAUCUCAAGGCGACAUUGUUCUUCCAGUGGCAUCCUCUGGGAUUGCUGCCACUCUUUUACCUGGAGGCCGUACAGCUCAUUCUCGCUUCAAGAUUCCAAUUGUGCUUGAUGAAUAUUCAGUUUGCAAUAUUGGCCACAGUUCAGAUAUAGCUGAGCUUAUCAAGCAGACAAAACUCAUUAUAUGGGACGAGGCUCCUAUGCAACAUAGGUAUGCGUUUGAGUGUUUGGACAGGUCACUUAGGGAUAUUAUGAAGUCUGUUGAUCCAUUACGUGCAGAGUUGCCAUUUGGUGGAAUCACUGUUGUGCUCGGUGGUGAUUUCAGGCAGAUACUACCUGUAAUAACCCAAGGAGACAGAGGUGAAAUAGUAUCUGCCUGCAUCACCAGAUCACGCCUUUGGUCCAUUUGCAAAAUUUUUUUGCUUACAAGAAAUAUGCGGCUUAAUGAAGGAAAGUCUGAGAAGGAAGUCCAAGAACUUCUGGAAUUUGCCAAGUGGGUAUUGGAUGCAGGCGAUGGCAAACUGCCUGUUCCAGACAAGAAUUUACAUCCAGAUGCAAAGGAAGAUGAUAUUUUGAUUCCUCCACAGUUCUGUGACAUUGAGAAACAGAAUUCGGUUGAGAAUAUGAUUUCAAGUACCUUUCCUGAUUUUCUGCAGCAUUGCCAGGAUCCUAAAUAUUUGAGUCGGAGAGCCAUUUUAACACCUACCAAUCAAACUGUUAGUCAUCUAAAUUCGCUCAUUGUUGACAAGUUGCCUGGUGAAUCUUUGUCUUACUAUAGCGUGGAUAGUGCUGAAGAGUUUGGUGGUACGGAGGAAGAUUUAAACCAUGCUUUCCCAAAUGAGUAUCUCAACUCCAUUAACAUUCCAGGAAUGCCACCUCACCAGCUCAAGUUAAAAGUUGGAGUAGUUGUUAUGUUGAUGAGAAAUUUGAACCAGACAUUAGGUCUAUGCAAUGGGACCAGAAUGAUUAUCACAAAAUGUUUGAGAUUUUGUGUUGAGUGCGAAGUUAUAUGUGGUUCAUUUAUCGGCACACGUCAUUUUAUCCCACGAAUGGAGUUAUGUCCCAGUGAUACAAGGAUGCCUUACAAGCUUAUUAGGAAACAAAUGCCUUUGCAGAUUUGCUAUGUUAUGACGAUCAAUAAAUCUCAAGGUCAGUCACUUGAAAAUGUUGGUUUGUUCCUUCCUAAGGGUGUUUUUACACAUGGGCAGUAUUAUGUAGCCAUUAGUAGGGUUACCUCUCCGCAGGGAUUAAAGAUUUUCGUUGAUGAUGACAGUGGCCAGCCUACCAAUGUCACUCAAAAUGUCGUGUACAAAGAAGUUUUCUACGCUUUACCAAAUGCGUAG